AUGACUCAACAGAUGCAGAACCUGCAGCUGUCCCAUACCAGGAAGUGCUCGGGAGGCCCUGCCUCCCCCAGCGCCGCCAAGCGCCUCUACAGGAACCUAUCAGAGAAGUUGAAAGGAGGCCACUCCUCCUUCGAGGACGCCUACUUCUUUGGCCGCGGAGAACGCCACGGUCAUCACAAGGGCUCGGUGAGUUGGGGUUGUAACAUCCAGGGUAGUGAGUGUCUGUUUGAGGCGGUGGAGCAGCAGGAUGUAGAUGCUGUCCAGAUCCUUCUCUACCAGUACACAGCUGAGGAGCUGGCCCUCAACACACCCAACAGCCAAGGGUUAACACCGCUAGACGUGGCCAUCAUGACCAACAACACCCCCAUAGCCAAACUACUGCUGAAGGCCGGCAGCAAGGAGAGCCCUCACUUUGUCAGUGUGGAGAGUCGCGAGGCCCACCUUGGCAGCCUGGUCAUCGAGGCAGAGAGGAGGGCAGGGGAGCUGGCUGCCCAGGCCCAGAGAGACGGCCUCAGCCUGGAGGCCUGUGACAAGGACAAGCAGCUCCGAGCCUGGGAGUGGAGGUGCAAGCUCUACAAACGCAUGACGACUGGCUUCCAGCAUGCACGUGUGCCAGAGCCCCCGUCUGCAGUGCGUCUCAGUGUAACCAGUAGCUCCUCUCUCACGGUCACGUUCCAGGAGCCCCGCUGCCUCAACUCUGCUGUGGUCACCAAGCACAGAGUGGAGUGGAGCUGUCUAAAGGACUUUUCUAUGCUGGCUGGAGACAUGGUGUUGGAAAACCUACAGACACUCAAGUGUACCAUCAACGGCCUUACCAUGGGGAGGCUGUACUAUGUCCAAGUGUCAGCCUACAACAUGAAGGGUUGGGGUCCACCUCAGUCAACUCUACCCCCCUCCGCUUCACCCUCCAACUGGAGGGAGAGUGAUGGUCGGGAAAGAGAGCACAUAGGGCAUAUGGAGCGCCUGCUGCAACAGGUCCGCACUACUCACACACACUACAGCUGCGGAGACACAUCAAAGCUCCAGAACCCAAGCCGUAAGCAGUCCGUCUCCAGAAGUCUCAAGCACCUCUUUAACUCCUCCAACAAGUUUGUCAAGACUCUCAAAAGGGGGGUUUACCUGGCGGCAGUGUUCUACCACAAAGACAGUCUACUGGUGACCACAGAGGACCAGAUCCCUAUAGUGGAGGUGGAUGACUCUUACGGCAGCUCUCUCAUGCAGGACUUUCUAUGGUUCACUAAGUUGUCGUGUAUGUGGGAGGAUGUGCGGUGGCUGAGACAGAGUAUGUCUGUCUCCAUGUCCUCCUCCUCCACUCUACAGGCCAGACAGAAGAUGUUGGCUGCCGCUGGGCAACUACAGAGCUUGUUGGGGACACACAACCUGGGGCGUGUCCACUACGAGCCCAUCAAGGAUCGUCAUGGCAAUGUGUUGCUAGUGACGAUCCGGGACAUGGAGAGCCAGUACUCAUUCUUCAGUGGGAAGUGGAUGCAGGUGUCCAAGCUACAAAGCCAGAGGAAGAGUCUGUCCACACCUGAAGAACCCUACGCACUGGACAUACUGCUAAUUACCAUACAGGACAUCUCGGCCUACCAGAGGCGUAGCCAGCAUCGCCUGACCCCAGGUCUGUACCUGGGUUACCUGAAGCUCAGCAGCUCUGUAGACCAGAUCAGAGUGCUGGUGCCACAGAGGAUGCCCAACAUGCUGUGCCAUGCGCGGGUACGAGACAACGCCAAUGUCUCCAGGGAGGAGUGGGACUGGCUGCAGAGGCUGUCAAACAUAGAGGAUGGAGAGAAGGAGAGAACGGAGGGAGAGAGGGAGGGAGUGGAUCAAACGACAGACAGUAACACACCAUUGCUCUACUACGAGCUACAGACUGCCCUCAAGGCCCUGCUGAAACUCAUCAACCUACCUCUGCACCAGGCCAAGCACUUCCGUAUCUACACUCAUGAGGUGUUGGAGCUGGGUCAUAAUGUUUCCUUUCUGCUGCUGCUGCCGGCAGCUGAUGAUGUGUGUACCGCUCCCGGACAGAGCAACCCCUACACACCACACUCCGGCUUCCUCAACCUCCCUCUACAAAUGUUUGAGCUGGCCCAUUUCAGUGCAUACAAGGAGAAGUGCAUGAGUCUGUACUGCCGCAUGUCGUCUGUCUUGGACCUGGAUGCACUUAUUACCCAGCAGGCCCUGCGAGAGGCCAUCACGGACACAGAGGUCGCCACCGCCAAACAGAGACACCAACAUAUACUAGACUAUACACAG